AUUUCAGAACAGUAGAGACAGAAAAAUGUACGCACAAUCUGUACAUACCUUAAGUCUGCUUAAGUCUGUGUCAGAUACGUAGUAACAUCGAGCACUGCAUCAAAAUGGUACUGUAGAAACAGUCCUAGAGAGCGUAAGGCGUAAAUAAUAAUCCGAAUCAUUAGGUUUGCGUCUUAAGUUUGUGGUGACUGUAUUAUUUUUAUAUCAUCGUUAUCGUAAGUGUUGAAUUCCUCCUCUACAACCAAUUUCAAGAUAUGAGUUUUCGGCGAUGAGUGGUGCCCCCUAAAUAAUACGGAGAAACCGGAUGAUAGGAAGGAGCAUUAAGAUGGAUGUGGAUACUGCUAGUGAUAAUACGUCGAUAGAUGACAAAAUAGACGAUUUUUGCGAGAAUCCGACCAGAGAUGCUUUGACCGAAGGUUUAAUGAGCCUUCUGAAACCUACGGUGGAUCAAUUGGAUGAAAGAAUACGUGCUACAAGAAUAUGUCAAAUAGAACUGAAGCAGCAAAUCGAGUCUUUGGCAGAAGAAUUGCAAAGGAUUAAUGAAGCGUUGCAGUGUCCAUUGGAAACAGAUUCCUAUGUGAAGAAGCUGAUAAAUGCUAAGCAUAAGAUAACAAUUGUCAGUAAUAUAUUGCAAAGUACACAAGAACGGUUGAACAAGAUUCAUCAGGCUGUAGAGAAGAACACGGUGAAAAGAAAAGCCUUGUUGGAUCAUAGUACGUCAUAUGGUAAUGCUACAAACAUAUCGGAUAAGGAAGAACGGUCUGAACCAGAAAAGGAGACUGCUAUGUCUACGGAACAAGAAUAGUUAACGGUACGAGCAUUU